AUGUCUGGCUGCUGCUGUUCUAGGAAAUGCCCCUCCCUUCCAGCCGUCUCUCUCUGCUCUACUGAAGUGAGCUGUGGAGGACCCAUCUGCCUACCCAGCUCCUGCCGGAGCCAGACAUGGCAGCUGGUGACUUGUGAGGACAGCUGUGGGUCAUCUGGCUGUGGCUCACAAUGCUGCCAGCCUUCGUGUUCUGUGAGCUGCCAGCCGAUGUGCUGCGAGGCCACCAUCUGUGAACCUUCUUGCUCUGCGGGCAGUUGUGCCCAACCUGUGUGCUGCGAGGCCACUGUUUGUGAGCCUUCUUGCUCUGCGGGCAGUUGCUGUCAACCUGUGUGCUGCGAAGCCACCAUCUGUGAGCCUUCCUGCUCUAUGAGUGCCUGUGCUCAACCUGUGUGCUGUGAGAUCACCAUGUGCCAGCCUUCUUGCUCCGUGAGCAGCUGCCAGCCUGUGUGUUGUGAGACUACACCCUGCCAGCCAGUUCUCUGCUUGCCCGCAUCCUGCCAGCCAGUGAUCUGUGAGCCUAGCUGUUGCUCAGCUCUCUGUUCUGUGCCUGCUUCCUGUCAACCGAUGGUCUGUGAGCCUGUGGUUUGUGAGCCUGUGGUUUGUGAACCUGCUUGCUGCCAGCCGGUGUGCCCGACACCUAGCUGCUGUCCGUCCGUCUGCUCUGCAGCCAGUAGCUGCCAGCCAGUCUGCUCUGACUCCAGUCCCUGUGAGCCACCUUGCUCAGAGUCUAGUGCUUGUCAGCCAGCUGCCUGUAUGGCUCUCAUGUGUGAGCCUGUUUGUCUCCGUCCUGUCUGCUGUGUUCAGAGCCCUUGUGAGCCACCGUGUGGCUCUAGCAGCUGCCAAGAUUCCUCAUGCUGUGUCUCCAGUAUUUGCCAACCUGUCUGCUCUGAGCCUAGUCCUUGCCUACCAUCGGUGUGUGUGCCUAGCUCAUGUCAACCUUCCUGCUACAUAGUCAAACGCUGCCGUUCUGUCAGCUGUGAGCCCUCUUCCUGCCCAUCUACCUCCUGCCAACCGCUCUCCUGCCGUCCGGGGUCUUCUGCAUCUGCCAUCUGCCAACCAGCUUGCCCCCCGCGAACUUACUACAUACCCAGUUCCUGCAAGCCUCCUUGCAGUCCAGUUUCCUGUCGCCCCAUCUGCCGCCCCAUCUGUUCUGGACCCAUCACCUUCAGGCAGCCAUAUGUGACCUCCAUCACUUACCGCCCUGCCUGCUACCGCUCCUGCUAUUCCAUCCUGCGCCGCCCCAGCUGCCUGACUUCUUACUCUUACCGCCCUGUCUGCUCCCGCCAGCCUUGCACCGAUUCUGACAACUCUAAGCGUGAGUGCGAUAAGUCGACUUCCAACCAAACCGACUGUGCUGACUCAACACCUUGCAAGACGGAAGUGGCAGAUGAGACUCCCUGCCAACCCUCUGAUACUAAACCUGCCAGCCCGAUCACCCGUGAGGCUGCAGCCCCCCAGUCUGCUGCCAACAAGCCUGCUGACCGCUGA